UUCUUAAACAUGCCGUAAGGCAGAUCAUGAUAUUGGAGAAUGAGUUAAUCUGACAGGAUCUAUGGAACUGAGCAACAUUUGGGAUGUAGGUCAGACAUAAAUAAGACAUGGUAACCUGAGCUGAGUUGGAGGGAUGUAUACCUGAGCCGAGCCCUGUCGGCACAGCAAGAAAAACAACUUAUUUCCACAACACCAUACACUCAUUUACAAUAUAUACUGUAUGCAGCUAUAGAAGCAGUGCUCACAGCACAGCUCCAACUAGUUUUGUCCUACACAUAACUGACAUGUACAGACACCGCAAUUGCAAUUGCACGCAACUGCGCAUAUGAACAGACAGCCCUUUGUUUACUGCAGUCAGCCAACCUGCUACCUGUAGGCAUUGUGGGCUGUCUUUUGAGCGCUCUUAUUCAUGCUCGUUCACUCUUUUGAAGUAUUCCCACAGAGGAUAUCAAGCAGCAAGGACCAAGAUGAAGACAUUUUUCCUGCUUUUGUUGGUUGCAUUAAUGGCCCUGGCAGAGUCUCACGGUGGGCGCAAAAGGCGUUCCAAACGGGAGGUUUUGCUGCGUUCCAAACGAAGGUGGGUUUUGUCUACAAUUGAAUUAGAAGAAGAAGAUCCUGGACCAUACCCUAAAAAGAUUUCACAGAUGUUUAAUAACAUGACAUCAGAACACGAGCAUGAGUUCCGUAUAAGUGGAAUGGGUGUGGAUGUUGAGCCGAAGAACAUAUUCUACAUCGACAAGCACACAGGAGAUGUCUUCGCCCGUGAAAAAAUUGACAGAGAGGUGCACUACAGACCCUUCCAUAUCAAGUUUGAUAUAUAUCACCCACACAAAAACAAACCACUGGACAAGGCAUUAGCUUUUGAUGUAGAAAUAAAGGACAUCAAUGACAAUGCACCUACAUUCAUGCAGCCUAAAAUACAAGUCAAUGUGGGCGAAAAUAAACAUGAGGGGUACUUGCCAGUGCAGCUGCAGGCCAUGGAUAGAGAUCAGGAGAACACACCUAACUCUAAAAUCACCAUCAGUCUGGUUUCACAGAAACCCGAAGAACCAAAGAUUGAGCUGGAACAGAUUGAUAGCAGAAUGGCCCAACUCAUCUUAAAAGGAUGUUUUGACUACGAUAAACAUAACAAGUAUGAAAUUGUGGUUCAAGCAAAUGAUCAUGGAACACCCCCCCUAUCCUCCACUGCAGUUGUAACUCUCAAUAUUCUUGACAGAAACACUAAUCUACCAAGAUUCAAGGAGAAAAAGUACCAUGGUGAAGUGGAUGAAUCAGCUACCAAACACGAUCUUUUGAGAGUUGGGGUAGAUGACAAAGACACUCCUCAAACUGAUGGUUGGCGUGCCGAAUACUAUUUCAUCAGUGGGAAUGAGGAUAAAAACUACGAAAUUGUAACUGACAACAUCACUAAUGAGGGUAUUCUGAGUGUCAUCAAGGGAAAGGAUUUUGAAAGGACAACUUUAACCACCCUCCAGAUCGGAGUAAAGAAUAAGCCAGCUUUAUGGGUUUGUAAAGAUAAACCAACUGAUGCCGCAGGAACAAUAGAAGAUUCAGUCAACGUCACAAUCACAGUGAUUGAUGUCAAUGACCCACCUGAGUUUAAGAACAAUCCAGCUGAUGUAUACCAAAAGGAAGAGGAAGCGCCAGGAAAGGUGCUGUUCAUUCCGGUGGUUGUUGAUGUUGACUCUGACGAAUCCGCCAUCAGGUAUGAGGUGUUAGACGAUCCAGCCGGUUGGGUGAGCAUUGAUAAGAAAACAGGACAAGUAAAAUCAGUAAAGAAGAUGGACAGAGAGUCACCCUUUCUUAAUGGCACAAGCAUUUACAAAGUUCUCAUUGGUGCCAUAGAUGAUGGUGAGCCUCCAACUACAGGUACAGGCACUGUUCUAAUCCAUCUGGGGGAUGUUAAUGACAAUACACCUCUGCUGGUCAGCGAAAGUGUCAUUAUGUGUGGAAACAACGUUAACAAGGUCAUAGUCGCUGCCAAGGACUCGGACAUCCAUCCUUUCAGUGGGCCCUUCUCCUUCACCCUGGGGGGUGAUGCCAAGACACUGGAGGACUGGGAAUUAAGCCCUGACUUUGGUGAGGAAGUUGGGGUUGUUAGCCGGAAAACACUUCCUUACGGUAACUACUCAGUGCCCCUGGUGAUUCAGGACCAACAAAACAUGGUUGGACAUGACACUUUGGAAGUGAUAGUGUGUGACUGUGGAAACAAUGAUGUUUGCCGUGGCACAUUGCCAAUUUCAACCAGCUUUGGUGUACCUGGCAUUGGACUGAUCAUUGCAAGUCUCCUCUUAUUUUUGCUACUGCUAAUCAUCUUUAUGUGUCAGUGUGGAAAGAAGGAUUUUAACCACAUCAUACAGGAAGAGGGUAACCAGACCCUCAUCAAAUACAACCAAGAAGGAGGGGGCGCUGAAUGCAAGACUGAGCCUACUCUGUUCCUGACACCUACAAACACUGUGGAUGUGACAAAUGGCCUAAAACAGGCCAGUGCCCAGAUGUCUCAGAUGACUUCAAUAACGGCCCAGAACAUGGAGAUGUACAACAGCUCACAGGUCACCCAGACCCUAGAGACCCUAGAGACCCUACAGAGUAACUCUAACAUGACCUCAAUGGGCAUGCACCGUCAAAGAGGUAGCCUCAAAAACUAUGGGCAGACCAUGUACUCUACAUGGGCAGACAAGUCGAAUUCCUACCAGGGAGGCUCAUCAAGGUACAACCGCUCUAUCAGCCUGCUACCAGGUCAACAAAUCAUUCAGGACCACCUUGAGAGGAGACUGUACAUGAUUGACGGUGACCAUGUAGACCACCCAGUGUACCGACCCUACAACUAUGCCUACGAGGGACAAGGCAGCAGAAGUCAGUCUCUGGAUCAGCUGUCACUGAGUAACCAGGGAGAUGAUUUGAAGUUUGUGAAUGAUUUGGGGCCAAAAUUCAAGACCUUGGGAGGCAUCUGUCAGCAGAUAAUUAAAGAAAAAAACAUCCAACUUUAAGAGGAACCGCUGGGAUUUCUAUAUCAAUCCAGUUGCUCUUCACUCCCCGUUUGAGAUCAGAUUAUGGACUGAUCAGACUGGAUUUUUUGCCAUACUACAAUGUUUGGAUUUUGACAUACACGGGGGACUCUGGUAGAUGUACAUGUCAUACCAAGCUUGGUGUCUACUCAUGAAACAAGGAUUAUGUAGUAAAAGGCUGCUUGCUUGCUUGAAGAUGUCAUUAAUGCACUGCACUAUCACACUUUGGUGACAUUGAAAUAAUGAUUUGACAAUGGCUGGGAAUGUUUGUUUUUUCUACUUUGCUACAUUAGGACUGACCAUUGGGUCUCAGUACUAUUUGGGUUUUGCACUGGCAGUAUUAUUUUUGAAACUUUAAGUUUAUCUUUGGAAACUGUAGACAAUGUUUUAUUUCUGCUAUUCAAUUAAUUUGUGUGGCUUGAACUGGUGAUACUGUGGUGUGGACUGUGCUUUGUUUUCUGUUGUGCAUUUUUGCAUUUGCUGUCCUAAAAAUACAUUCAUUUCAGAAAACAGAUUGAAAUUUUUACUUGGAGAGGAGAGAGAAUAGGUGUCUGGAUUAUACUGAGCAACAUACUGUACCACUAUGUUACAGUGUUAAUACCACUUUAAUUUGCAACGAGUAUAAUACGUUUUGUACACUUCAGUGCUAGUAACCAAGCCUAACUUAAAGACAAUGUCAUAAAUUGUAGAAAAUGAAGAGGUUGCCAGCGAGGGAAUAGACAGUAGAAAUGUCAGAAGUAUUGAGAGUUCUAAAUUCAAUUCAUUAAGCCAAUCUACAGCAUGUGUAAUAUUGUAUAAUUAUAUCUUUCAAAAUCUGUUUAUCCUUAUAAGGGUUGUGGGCGCUGGAGCUGGUACCAACUGACAAUGGGUGAGAGGUGGGGUACGCUUGUUGUUCAUCGCAAGGCUGAUACAUAGAAACAAAUAAAGCAAAUCACAGCAGUCACGUCUUGUACCUAUGAGUAAUUUAGAGUCACCAUUUAACCUAUAAACUUACAUGUCUUUGGACUGUAAGAGGGAGUACACAGACAGAACUCACACAGACAUGAAGUGAACAUGCACACUGAAACUCCCAGGCCCCAGCGGGCUGGCAGGUUCAAACAUAUUUUGCAAUGUACGGCUGCUGUGCUGCAUAACUACAGCUGAAAGUUACAAUGGGUGCCUUUCAGCAGAAGCAGGAGAACUUGUCUUUUUAUUACUGGUGUGGAACAGGGUAAUAUGCAAAUCUGAGACUUGUCUGAACUCAUUUGAACCAGACACAUAGAGAAACAGAUGGGGGUUUUUUUCACCUUCAACUCAGUUGAGAUGCAGCACAAAAAGCCAAUAGAAGACCUUAAAAGUGCUGGUACUUCAAACUACCGCAACAAAGAUAUAUAAUACUAAAACCUAAAAUGGAAUCAACUGUUGAUUAAUAAUAGUGAUAAUGGAAAAAAAACAAGUUAAUCUUUUAAAAUUCCAGUUAGGCAGAAUACAUUGUGUCCUUCUUUGUCUCAUAGAGGACACGCUGUGACUGCAGUAAGCUGGUCUUAGUCACCCAAAACAUGAAACAGAUUUUGAAUGCUCCACCCAGUUCUUAUCUUGAUUCUUGAGAAGUGAUUUCAUCAAGACUGCUCGUAAAUGGUUUCUCUGAGGCCUUAUUUCAGUUGAACUCUCAGCGUUUACUCCCAAGUGUCGAUUGACAUGUCAUGCAAUCCUUACCCUGUUUCCCCAUGGUUGGUAAGCAUAAAAGGCUCGGUAUAAUUAAACAAAUAUUUUUUAUUACCCUCCCAAUAGAGUAAUGUCUGUACGUGUACCUGUCCGUGAGCCAGAUUUCUGCUUAAGUUUCUUACAUUAGAUUGUGCCUAAUUCAACUGUCCGCAGGCGUUCUACAAUGAAUAUCUAGUUAGCAAAUUUAUCUUAAUGUAUGAUCAAUCUCUAAAUAAAUAAUAAAAAACACAUUUUCCCACAGUACUCGUUUAAACCUGUUAACUUGUUUGCCGUUGUCACAAACUACUGAUCUCAGAGAUGUUACUGCUGUGAUUUGCUUAAGAGGUAUGUAGUAAUGUAACAUAAAAGCAGUGAAAAGCUCUCUAUAUGGCAGCACGUCCUGAAAAUAAAAAAUACAUUAUUGUGUUGCAAAUAAAGCAUGGAACCUGAUGAAUAAAGGCCAAUGAAUGGCCAAUGGUUUUCUGGA